CUUAGAAUUGUUUGUAUAUUCUUGGAUGGAUAUAUAUGACAUUCACUUCAAAUACUCAGGAAUAUUUGAACUCGCUCAACACUCCUCCUUUACCAAUUGCAUCAUAUUCAUUUUGUCCCAAAAUUAUAUUCUCUUAAAAAUUUAAGUAACCUCAGAGAAACAUGGAAUUGAACAUUGGAAUUGCAGAGGAUGUCACCGACUUGAUAGGAAAUACUCCUAUGGUUUAUCUUAAAAAGAUCACAGAUGGCUGUGUUGCUCAAAUUGCUGCCAAAUUAGAGAUUAUGGAACCCUGUUCCAGCGUAAAAGACAGGAUUGCAUUAAGUAUGAUUAUAGAUGCUGAAGAAAAGGGUUUAAUUACCCCUGGGAAGACGGUGCUUGUUGAGGCUACUAGUGGCAAUACUGGUAUCGGGUUAGCUUUCGUUGCAGCAAGUAGAGGUUACAAACUCAUCAUAGUUAUGCCACAUACAUAUAGCAUGGAGAGAAGGAUUGUUAUGAGAGCUUUUGGAGCAGAGUUGCGCAUCUUUGACGCAUCCAAGGGAAUUGAGGCAAUACUCCAAAAAUGCAACGAAAUAGUAGAGAACACACCCAAUAGUUAUUUCCUCAAGCAAUUUGAAAAUCCCGCCAACCCAAAGAUUCACUAUGAAACAACCGGACCAGAGAUAUGGAACGGGUCUAAAGGGAAAAUUGAUGCUUUCGUUUCUGGGAUAGGGACAGGGGGAACCGUGACUGGUGUGGGGAGGUUUCUUAAGGAGAAAAAUGUGAACAUAAAGGUAUACGGUGUAGAACCAGCUGAGAGCGCUGUUUUAAAUGGAGGAAACGCCGGAUGUCAUAAGAUCCAAGGAAUUGGUGCGGGUGUUAUUCCUGAUGUUUUGGAUGUCAGCAUUCUAGAUGAAGUUAUUAUGAUAUCUAGUGAAGAAGCCACUGAAACUGCUAAGCUUCUUGCACUGAAAGAAGGUUUGCUGGUGGGUUUUUCAUCUGGAGCAGCAGCCGCAGCUGCAAUAAGAAUAGCAAAAAGGCCAGAAUAUGCAGGAAAGCUAAUUGUCGUGGUUUUCCCAAGCUUUGGGGAGCGGUACUUAUCAACCGAGUUGUUUGAUUCAGUGAGGAACGAAGUAGAGAACUUGCCGAUCGAGUGAUCCAUUGAUCACUACACAGGCGUGUGGGAGUGUGUAUUGAUUCAAAAGCAAACCAGACCUGAGAGGAUGUAGCUCAACAUACAGCAACUUGGCAGACCCAAAAAAAUUAUGAUGGCAGUUGGUUGAUGAAUAAAAAGCAUCUCGCUUUGUUUCAACAAAUUGUAAAUUUUCAACUCAAUCUUGAUAAACAAGUUAAACAUGUAUUCUGUAAGUGCAAACUAUUUUUGGGAUUUGUUAAGUAAACUAUUCGCAAUUGUUUUGCAA